GUCCUUCUGAAUCCAAAGGGAAAGUUUGACAAGUUUGGUUUCGAGGCUGAAGACAAAUACGCAACCCUAGCUGAAGAUGAUGAGCACCACGCUGGAGGCUUUUUCGGAGGUUUAAGAUGGUUCUGCAUAAUAAUGAGCACUUGACGAAAGACGUUACGGUAGAGGACUUUAGUGGAAAACAGAUGGCGGCUUUCCCGCUGUUUGUCAUGUCGAUCAAAUACCUGAGAGAACAUCUACUAAAGGCGGUUACUACGCAAAAGAUAGGACUCGAGGAGACUGACAUAUUGUACGUGCUGACCGUUCCGGCUAUCUGGGAUGACAAUGCCAAGAGAUUCAUGAGGGACGCGGCUAUAGAAGCUGGAGUAGAGCCAAACCGCCUUAAGCUGGCCUUGGAGCCGGAAUGUGCCUCGAUCUGGUGUGAAACAUUGGGUACAGACGUGAAGGGCGCUGUAGCGUUUCAAGGAUCACAGUACAUGGUGGUCGAUCUUGGAGGAGGCACCGCAGAUAUAUCUGUCCAUGAAAGAAAGCCAGAUGGAACCCUGAAGGAAAUCCACAAAGCCAGUGGGGGCCCGUGGGGAGGCAUCUAUGUGGAUGAAAAUUACAUGAAAAUGUUGAAUGAACUUUUUGGGGAAAAAGCUCUCACUGACCUCCGAAAGACAGAAAUGAAUGAUUAUUUCGACGUCACUCGGGAAUUUGAACAUAAGAAACGGUCAUUUGACACUGACAAAACAAAGCAGAUAAUUGUUCGUAUUUCUGCCUCGCUGAGAGAUCUUGCAGAAAAGUAUUCUUCCGAAUCUUUAGAGAAACGAAUUGCGUCCUUGAAAGUGCCGGAAAAUGCCAUCUCCACGAGAGGCAAAGACAAGCUGAAGAUUGAUACAACAGUUGUCCAAUCAUGGUUUAAAAGACCAAUCGAUCUGCUGAUCCAACAUCUGAAGUCUCUUUUAGCUGAACCAAAGAUAACAAGCGUGCGAACGGUUAUUCUGGUGGGCGGUUUCGGUGAAAGUCCGUACGUUCAGGAGAGAUUCAGGAAUGAAUUAGCCGGCGUGAGACUGAUCGUUCCUGCAGACGCGGGCCUCGUCGUGUUGAAAGGUGCCGUGAGGUUUGGACAUAACCCCUCCAUUGUCUCCUCCAGGAUCAUGAAAUACACGUAUGGGACAGAAGUGUAUGCCAUUUUUGAUGAAAAGAAGCACCCAGAUGAGAAGAAGUUUUGGAAGAAUGGAAAGUGGUGGGUGCCUAAAUGGUUCAAGGUGUUCGUGCGUGUACAGAACGACACAGAAGAACCCCGAGUUCACAACAGACCCCGGAUGUGAACUGCUCGGGGAAGUUGAGCUUGAAAACAGCACCGAUAUUCCAUUUGAGCAGCAGGAUAUAGAGACUACUUUUAUGUUCGGUGAUACAGAACUUCUCGUCAAAAAGAAGAAUACGACCACUGGAAGAGAAGCAUACAUGACCUUUGAAUGCUUCAAAUAAAGCGUUUUAUUUAUUUUCGAAAUAUUUUUUAUUAUCUUCUUGCAAACUCUCACAAAACACCGAAAACAUGAACUAUAACUAAAUAUACAUGGACAUGUUUGUUGAUGCGUUAAUUUUGAGAGGAAUGGAACUUUGAUUAUCAAUGCCUUCAUCUUGAAAGGCACGGAAUUCGAUUACAAACGCGUUCAUCUUCAGAAAAAUGGAAUAUUCAUCGUAAAUGCGAUCAUCGUGUAAAGAAAGGAGUUUAAUCUUUGAUGUGUUAAUCUUGAGAGGAAUAAAAAAUAAUUUUAAAUGUUUUAGUCUUGAAUGUAACAUAAUUUUUAUUAUAAAUAUGUUUUUAACUUUCACAGAAAUGGAAUUUUGAUAAAAAAGACAUCACUUUUGAGGGAAAUAGAAAUUUGAUUAUAAAUGGAUUAGUCUUGCUAGGAAUGGAAGUUUAAUUAUAAAUGGCUUAGUCGUAAGAGGAAUGGAGGUCUGAUUAUAAAUGGAUUAGUCUUGAAUGGAAUGGAGUCCUGAUUAUUAAUGGAUUAGUAUUGAGAGCAAUGGAGUUAUGAUUAUUAAUGGUUUAGUCUUGAGAGGAAUGAAUUCAAAUUAUAAAAGGAUUAGUUUUGAGAGGAAUGGAAUUCAGAUUUUAAAUGGAUUAGUCUUGAGGGGAAUGGAGUUCUGAUUAAAAAUGGAUUAUUUUAAGAGGAAUAGAUUUCUGAUUAAAAAUGGAUUAGUCUUGAGGGUAAUGGAGUUAUGGUUAUAAAUGGAUUACUUUUGAGAUGAAUGGAGUUAUGAUUAUAAAUUGAUUAGUCUUCAGGGGAAUGCAGUUCUGAUUAUAAGUGGAUUAGUCUUGAGAGGACUGGAGUUUUGAUUAUAAAUGGAUCAGUCUUGAGAUGAAUGGAAGCUUGGUUAUAAAUGGAUUAGUCUUGAGAGCAAUGGAGUUCUGAUUAUAAGUGGAUUAGUGUUGAGGGAAUGGAGUUCUGAUUAUAAAUUGAGAAGUCUUGAGAGGAAUGGAGUUCAGAUUAUAAAUUGAUUAGUCUUAAUGAGAAUCGUGUUCUGAUUAUAAAUUGAUUAGUCUAAAUUAGAAUGGAGUUCUGAUUAUAAAUUGAUUAGUCUUAAUGAGAAUGGUGUUCUGAUUAUAAUUGAUUAGUCUUGAAGGGAAUGGAAGUCUGAUUAUAAAUGGAUUAGUCUUGUGGGGAAUUGAGUUCGGAUUAUAUAUGGAUUAGUCUUGAGAGCAAUGGAGUUCUGAUUAUUAAUGGAUUAGUCUUGAGAGCAAUGGAGUUCUGAUUAUAAAUGGA